CUAACGUACACCCGAAGCCGAGAUUUACCAGGGCGGAUUGUCUCCAGCAAAACCGAAAGAAAAAACGAAGACAACAAGAGAGAAAACAGAGGGAGAAAGUCAAUGGCGGUCAGGGCGACGGUGUCUCGAUUUCCUAUGGACCCCGACGCCUCGGAUAACUCUGGUCUCCCAUGGGGUGUAACAGUGACUCCCUUCUCGGGCACGGACGAGAACGGGGGGCAGCCCACCUACGGAUCGGGCGGGGAUUUGCUGCCGCGAUGCGAGAACUGCUACGCCUACUUCAACACGUAUUGUGAACUGGAGCAAUGGGCGUGGAGCUGUUCCCUAUGCGGGACCCUGAACGGCCUCUCAUCCCAGAAUAUCGGCCGCUAUUCCCACCCCCAGUCAUGCCCCGAGAUGAUGUCCUCCUUCAUCGAUCUCGAGAUGCCUUUGGAGGGAUCCGAGGCUGAAGCAAUGCAAGCGCGUCCAGUCUAUGUUGCUGCUGUUGAUUUGUCAUCAUCUGAAGAAUUUUUGGAACUGACUAAAAGUGCACUGCAGGCGGCAUUGGAAGCUCUUGCGCCUGGUUCACUUUUUGGGCUUGCCACUUUCAGCCACAAAAUAGGGUUGUAUGAUGUUCAAGGACCUAUACCUGUUGUGAAGAAUGUUUUUAUUCCGCAAGAUUCAGAGCACACCCUACCAAUUGAGCUUGAAGAUGUCAUGCCAUUGCUACAAUUUUUGGCUCCGGUGGAUACUUGCAAGGAUCGUAUUACUGCUGCACUUGAAACUCUCAGACCGACAACUUCAUGGGAGAGAACUACAGGAGCAGGUCAAGGACUAGAUGGUGUCUUGAUGGGUGGCCGGGGUUUUGGUGUUGCAAUGGAAGCUCUUCUCAAUUACCUAGGAUCAGAGUAUGGCAACACAUUUGCCUUAGCUAGAGUAUUUGCUUUUCUUUCUGGUCCACCUGAUUAUGGAGCUGGGCAACUUGAUACAAGAAGGUAUGGAGAGCAAUAUGCCAGUAAGGGAGAGGAUGCAGACCGAGCUUUACUUCCCGAGCAGACUCCAUUUUAUAAAGAUUUGGCUGCAGUUGCUGUUCAAGCAGGUGUUUGUGUGGACAUAUUUGCUGUUACAAAUGAGUACACAGAUCUGGCUUCUCUUAAGUUUCUUAGUAUCGAAAGUGGAGGCUCAUUGUUUUUGUAUUCAAAUCCAGAUGACUCUACACUUCCUCAGGACUUGUAUCGGAUGCUAAGUCGGCCAUACGCUUUUACUUGUGUACUGAGAUUGAGGACAUCAUCCGAAUUCAAACCUGGUCAUGCUUAUGGUCAUUUCUUCCCAGAUCCACAAUACGAAAAUGUACAACAUAUUAUUUGUUGUGAUUCUUAUGCUACAUAUGCUUAUGACUUUGAUUUUGCCAAUACAGUUGGAUUCUCCAGGAAUGCCUCAGAGCAACCCGUGCUUCAGAUUGCGUUCCAAUACACAGUUGUUGUGCCGCCUGAGGAUCUUUCCACUUCCGGAUUGGUUUCUGCAAGUAGAAGCAAAUAUUCCCUUCAACGGAGAUUAAGAAUUCGAACUCUGCAAUUUGGAACUGCUCAAAAGGUUGAUGAACUUUAUGAUAGCGUUGAUCCUGAAGCAGUUCUAUCUCUACUUGUUCACAAGGUUAUAUUAGCCUCUUUGGAGCAAGGAGUUCGGGAGGGCAGGAUGUUGCUUCAUGAUUGGCUAGUAAUCCUCACAGCCCAGUAUAAUGAUACUUAUAAGAUACUUCAAUACAAGAAUGGAAAUUCAAUAACUGCUCAGGUGGAUGCUGCUUUCUCACAAUGCCCACAGUUGCAGCCCUUACCUCGCUUAGUUUUUGCUUUGCUUCGAAAUCCCCUCCUCCGCUUCCACGAAGAGGGUGUUCAUCCUGACUAUCGAAUCUAUCUGCAAUGCCUUUUCAGCGCACUGGAACCAAGUUCUCUUCACCGAGCUGUAUAUCCAGUGCUUACUUCAUAUUCUACACCUGAUACGAAAGCAUAUCCCCGCCAUUCGUUGAGUCGUGCUGCAUUGAUUACCAGCGGGAGUCCGAUAUUUUUCCUUGAUGCAUUUACAACUCUUAUAGUGUUCUACUCUUCUACCGCAGAUCCUACGCUUCCUUUUCCUCCACCCCAUGAUUGUUUGUUGCGAACCACAAUUAACAAACUGAAGCAAGAUAGGAGUAUCACCCCCAAACUCAUAUUUAUCCGGGGUGGGCAGGAUGAUUCCACAGCUUUUGAGAACUAUCUAAUCGAGGAGCAGGAUGUUGAUGGAAGUGGCCUUACUAGUGUCAUGGGUUUUGUUUCUUUCCUGGAAGAUAUCAGCCAGAGUGUGGUGGAAUAUAUGAAGUAGGAUUGGGUAUUGUUGACACCUUCCUCCUGCGUGGUCGUUGGAUGGGUAUGAUAUCGGGACUUCCCUUAGUAUUUCUGGUCAUUGUCUAGGCAUUCAUGGUUUGGAAGUUCCUUCACCAUUCCCGUAAUUAAAAGGGUGAUUUUUGUUAAACAGUGUGUGAAGUCCCUUGAGUGGGAGCGGCUUGGAUACAUUUUAUCAUUAGACAAUAGAUUUGAUAUAGUUGGAAGUUACAGUGUUAUGCAUUCUUAUAAGCAUAUAUUGCAUGGAAAUAAGGUCAGUUUUAUUUUAUGAGC